UUGAUGCAGUCUUGCGGACUUGUUUUGCAAUAAAUAAUCUCAAUUUAAAAUAACACCUUAGCCUAAUGGCAUCCACUUCAAAGGAUCACGUCGCAGACAGUGUGCAGACACAAAGUGAGAAUGUUCCUAACGAUCUGGAACCUGGAGCCUGUCGCGAAAGUAUUCUUAAUCCUACAGACUCUUUUGAUGAGUUCGUCUGUGAAAUUAGUACUAGUCUUGAAGAAAGAAAUACAUCACUCACCGCAAAAUCAAGUACAAUAAGUGAAAUUCAAAACGAAAUUGGCGAAAGUUCGAAAGAUAGUUCCCUAAGAGAAACUAAAUCUAGCGAUAACUUACAGGGGAAAAAUGAACCAAUGUCUGCUUCACCAAGUAGCUCAAACCUCACAGAGGAAAAUGGAGAUGAAUCGGACGAAAAGGAAGAUUAUUUACAAUCUCCAGAACUGAUAAACAAAGAGAAACAUGUGUUUAUAUUGAGUUCUGCUGGUAAACCUAUUUAUUCCAGAUAUGGUAAUGAGGAUAAACUGGCUGGUCUAUGCGGAGUUAUUCAAGCUCUUGUUAGUGUAGUCGAAGAACAAAACCAGGAUAUAUUGAGAUCAAUAAAUACAAAAGAUUGCAAAGCUGUCUUCUUAGUGAAGGGUCCUCUCAUAUUGGUUGCAGUAUCAAAGUCUAAUGAAAGUGAAACGCAACUUGUUUUGCAGUUAACAUACGCCUUCAAUCAAAUAGUAUCAGUCUUAACACUCACACAACUGAACCGAAUAUUCGAACAGCGUCGUAACUACGAUUUAAGACGGCUUCUGUCCGGUGCCGAAAGACUCAUAGACCAUUUACUAAUAUUUAUGGAAAAGGAUCCUGCUUUUUUACUAGGAGCAGUGAGAUGCUUACCGCUACCAGAGAAAGCUAGGGAGAAUAUAACUCAUGCUAUAAUUUCAACUUGUAACAAGAUCAGGGAUUUGGUAUUUGCUAUACUCAUAGCUGGUAAUCAGUUGAUUACUCUCGUUAGGAUGAAGAAGUACACGUUACACCCAUCAGAUAUUCAUUUACUAUUCAAUCUGGUGAGGAGUUCUGAAUCUUUUAAAACGGCUGAGAGUUGGACGCCAAUUUGUUUGCCGAAAUUUGAUGCGACGGGUUUUCUUCACGGUCACGUAUCGUACAUUUCAGAAGAUUGUCAAGCCUGCCUUCUUCUUUUAACUGUACAAAGAGACGCUUUCUUCCCGCUGUCACAAGCAAAGCAUACGAUUGCAGAAAAACUAAGGAGAUCUAACUGUUUGGUUGCAAUAAAUGACGCUUUGAACAGGAAUAAGGAACUACCCACAACAAACCCUCUAAAACAUAUUGGUAUACCAGAAAUUAGGCAUUUUAUGUACAAAUGCAAAUCAACAGCCCAACUUUUCACAUCAGAUCCUAUAAGUCUAGACAGAUUGCAAGAUUAUAGACUGAGGCAUAAAGAAGGCGGUGACAUAACGGUGAAGAAAAUUGAAAAAUUAUCAGAUAUAGAUUAUAUCAGAAAUUACAGAAAAUUCUGUAAUCAGAUUCACUGUUCGUCAACACCAGCCAAGUUAAUAUUCAGAUCGAAUUCUCAUGAUACGGUUUUGGCAUGGGUUACAAAUGGCUUCGAAUUGUACGUUACAUUUGAUCCUCUGAUGGAGAAGGACCAUGCUAUUAGAGCAGUAGACAGGCUACUGCACUGGAUAAAGAAGGAGGAAGAACGAAUAUUUAUAAUGAAUGCGCCGACUUUCUAGCCCAGGCUUACACUUAGUGGCAUCAUUAAGAACUCUAUGAGUCGAAAUGCCAGUGCUGAGAACAAUUAAAUAUAUAUAAUCAUAUAUAUAUAUAAAGUGAAGUACAUAAAUAUAUUAUAA